AUAACCGAACUGGAUCUCCGUUCGUCGCCCACUCGCCCUCACGCGAAGACUGCGAUUCCCGCCGUCAGUCCCCUUCCUUCCCAGACAGCAAUCAGAGAACUCGGUCGCCAUGGAUCCUCAGCCAGAGCCAGUCAGCUACAUCUGUGGAGAUUGUGGGACGGAGAACACUCUGAAGCCCGGCGAUGUCAUCCAGUGCCGAGAGUGCGGUUACCGUAUCCUCUACAAGAAGCGCACCCGCCGAAUUGUUCAGUACGAGGCACGCUAGAGAACGAUUCACUUGCUGAUGACUGUGUUUACUUGAGUUGUUUGUGAUAAUCUGAAAGGGCUAUGUUUGCCAGUAACUAAGACAAUAUAUAAUGAAUAUAUUGAUGUUGGCGCGUUGCAGUAUGUAAAAGUCGCUCAGACAGACGAAAUGGCAUGAACUGUGCCAUUUGUGACACUUUGAUGUGUUUGAUGGAAUUGUGUUAGUUCUGU